UCUCUCAAAACAACAAUCCAGCAGCACCGUCUGAACAUGCGUCCAUAGAUAAUGAUUAGUUCUGCAGAAAUGUCUCAACCUGCACCAGCAUGCUCCAAGGCUCAGGAACACUUCCAAUAGGGGCCAGGACAGACAUUUAUUCUGCAAUCAAACACCUCACUGACUGUCUGGUUUGGAGUGAUUUGCCAUUUGAAGGGAGGAGGGGUUGGUGGUCCUAUAGGCGGGCUGAGCUCUCCAAAGGACAUCACCCACAUGCUGUCUGUCUGUCAGCACCAGAGGAGCGCAGCGCACCCAUCAGCCAGAGCAUGAAUGCUGCUAAGCUCCAGACAGAUUUGACUUGAGAUCAAACACAUAAGAAGAAAAGCAAAAUGGAGACAUUCACCAUCCAUGACAUGCUGAUCAAUUCAACGGAUUUGAACAAGAUUUUGUGCAACUUCGGGAUUAGGAAUAUUUCGGAUUGUGAGAGGGAGCGGGACCAGUCUCCAGAGCCUAAAGACAUCAACCAGACUGUCCGGAUCAUCCUGUACAGCCUCAUCUUCCUCCUCAGCGUUGUGGGCAACACCCUCAUCAUCGCUGUCCUGUUGAGGAACCGGCGCAUGAGGACCGUCACCAACCUGUUCCUGCUGUCCCUGGCAUUGAGCGACCUUAUGGUGUCCCUGGUGUGCAUCCCCUUCACCCUAAUCCCCAACCUCAUGAGGGACUUCAUCUUCGGCAUCGGCAUCUGCAAGCUGGUCAUGUACUUCAUGGGCGUCUCAGUGAGUGUUUCCACCUUCAACCUGGUGGCCAUCUCCCUGGAGCGCUACAGUGCCAUUUGCAACCCGCUCACAUCCAGGGCGUGGCAGACGAAAUCCCAUGCCAUCAAGGUCAUCACUGCCACCUGGGUGGUGUCCUUUAUCCUGAUGUUACCCUACCCCAUCUCCAGCACCCUGAAGCCCUUCACCCGCCUCAACAACAGCACCGGACACAUGUGCAGACUGGUUUGGCCCAAUGAAAUCAUCCAGCAGUCCUGGUAUGUAUCCCUGCUGCUGAUUCUCUUCCUGAUUCCUGGUAUCGUCAUGAUGACGGCCUACGGACUGAUCUCUUUGGAGCUCUACAGGGGAAUCAAGUUCGAGCUCUCCAACAGGAGAGCUAGCCGGGAACGACAAUCCAGCACCGGCAGCAUCAAACCAGGAGAGAGCGACGGCUGCUACGUACAGCCGUCUAAAAAGAAGAGUUUAACGCCGAAUACGGGCAGCUCUGCUGAGGCGAGCGGCAAGCCGGUGGUGGGGCGGGUGUGCGGCAGCAGCAGCUCUACAUCCAACCUGAUGGCCAAAAAGCGAGUGAUCCGCAUGCUCCUGGUCAUCGUCUUUCUCUUCUUCCUCUGCUGGACUCCCAUCUUUGUGGUCAACGCGUGGCAGGCGUUCGACCGGCGCUCGGCCCACCGCCUGACAGGGGCUCCCAUCUCGUUUAUCCACCUGCUGUCCUACACCUCGGCCUGUGUCAACCCUAUCAUCUACUGCUUCAUGAACAAGCGCUUCCGCCUGAGCAUGCUUGCCACCUUCACCUGCUGUCGUUGCCUCAAGAGGAGGAUCUUGAGGAGCAGUAUGUCCGGACGGUCCGGCGGGAGCAGGGUGUCUAAAGGAGAGAUGGGAAGAACCAGAGUAGAGGGAAAACCUAACGGUCAUACUCCUCCAAGUGGAGCCAGCACGCGUUUUACCUACACGGGGAUCCGUCCAUCAGCCUGGAGUGAGCUGACAUGACCUGGACCGCUUUGUACAUAGCUAGAAAAACGACCCUGAGUGUAAAGACAUGAUGUAAGCGUGCUGUGUGUCGUGCUUUGCAGGACUUUCUUUUAUUUUUUCGCUUGGUGUGACUUGACAUGAGUAGAUAUGUACAUGACUGCUGGAAUGCAUUGCUCUCACAGCAAAUGAACAAAGCCAGAUGUUUCCCUGAAACCUUUAAAGUCCAGAAUAAUGAUGAUGCUCAUUCAGCUUCAGGGAACACACAUGUGACAUGUGCUCUGAUGCAGUCCAUGUCCUACUUCUACAUAUAGGUACAUCCAUAUUUUUGUAGGCAUCUUAUGCAAAGCUGGAGUCAUCACCAGGCUGUUUUAAAUUACACAUGUGGUCAUGAGGGGAGUGGUUAGGGCAUGGAGCUAGGAAUCCUGAGGUUCUGAGUUCAAGCCCCACUCCCACAGACUGCCA